AUCUCUCUCUCUCUCUCUCUCUCUCUCUCUCUCCCGCCGUUCUUUUAUCAUUUCAUCUCCAAUGAAACUGUUGAAGGAAACGGAGGACGCAACGAACGACAGAAAGUUGUUCAAGUCUCAGGUGGAGAGACGUCGCAGGGAGCGGAUGAACCGCAGCCUGGACCGUCUGAGGGACAUGCUGCUGCAGGGGCCCCCACAACUGGGAGUGUCUCAGCAUAGGGUGGAGAAGGCUGAGAUUCUAGAGCAGGCAGUCCUCUUUCUCCAGAGCUCGGCUGAUGGGGACCGGAGGAGAGCUGGAGUUGGAGGUGCAGGUGCGGGUACAGGUGGAGGUGGAGGUGGAGGUGGGCGGCACACCUUCCAAGAUGGCUUCUCUGCCUGCCUGCAGAGAGCCACUCAGUUCCUGGGACCUCACGGGAAGGGGCUGAUGUGGCUGGGGGCGGUGCCUGGCACGCCGUUUGCGGCCCGUUGCGCCUGUUCUCACUCCGUGGGCGCCAGAGCCACCGGCCGCUCCUAUCGCCCUCUGCCCCGCGUCAAGUCCCAGCCCCCGCUUGCUCCGCAGAGGCCCACCCAGAUGUCCACACACAGACACGGCCCCGACGUGAGCGCCGUCGUCCCCCCUCCCUGGGCCCCGUUCCAGCCCAGGCACGCCGGGGGCCCCCAGCGACUCCACAGACCCAAUCACCGAGACACCGGGGAGGAGGGACGAGCCACCAAACAGACCCAGGCCCAAAGCCCCCCCGCCAGCCUGCCUCUGUGGAGGCCCUGGCCCUGA